UAAGAAGAAGAAAAAGAAAAAAUUAGGUUAGAAAAUAUAUUUCUAAGAUAAAUGUUGUUUAUAAAAGAUUUCAAAGUAUGUCCGGUCAUGGUAAGCAAGAAAUAACAGAUCCCGUAGAAGAAAUGCUUAAAAAAACUGGUUGUAUCAAUUUACACUAUGUAGUUCAAGAUUGCAUUUCAGAAACCAAGGAUUGGAGAAAAUGCCAGGAUAAAGUAGCCGAAUUUAGAAAAUGUAUGCAAGAAUAUGAGGAAAAGAAAAGCAAAAAAUAAUCCUUAUAAUAGUUGAUGAAUUAUUUAAAGUUAGUGAGGCUAGAUAAUUUAACUUGUAAAAUAUAAAAUGAAC